GUGUUCUCAUGACCUGCAGGGACUCUGUCCAUGGCUCAGAUCCUGCUUCUUCUGCUAUCAGCAGCAUGUCUGCAAACUGGAAACUCAGCAGCACACAGCAGAGAAACUGUCUUUGGGAUGAACCAACCAGCUCUCCUCUCUGGAGUCGAGGGCGGCUCCAUCGAGAUUCCCUUCUCCUUCUACUUCCCCUGGGAGUUGGCCAAGGAUCCACAGAUGAGCAUAGCCUGGAGAUGGAAGGACUUUUUUGGAGAAUCCAUCUACAACUCCACCCUGCAUUUCAUACAUGAGCACUUCAAGGACCGACUCAUCCUGAACUGGACACAGGGUCAGACAUCCGGAGUCCUCAGAAUCCUGAACUUGAAGGAGACUGACCAGACCACAUACUUCUGCCGAGUUUUUCUGCAAACAACAGAAGGCAUGAAGUUUUGGCAGUCUCUUCCUGGGACACAACUCACCGUGACCCGGGUACUCAGCACCACCAUGAGGAGCCCCUCCAUCAUCACCUCUGCAGUCACCACAGCUGGCCUGGAGGACACAGGGGGCCAGAGGGAUCCUUCACUGCUGAUCCUGGGAGUCAUGCUCUCAGUCAAAGCUGUAGUCAUAAUCCCCAUCUACGGCUGGAUGAUCUUUCUGUGGUGGAAGCAAAGACCUGUCCCUGCCUGGCUGCAGCAGAGCUGUUUGCUGCCCUGGGCCCCUCAUGUUGUCUGAACACAGAGAACAUCUGAGAGGCAGGAUUAAGAGCCAGCAUGGCUGACACACUGACACUGUUUCUUCUCCUACAGGCCAGCAGAGUAAAGCCUAAAGCCCAGCGAGGUGAGUGCCUGUCAUCCCAAGGGGCAGCUGAUGGGCUGCUGGGAAGUUCAUUAUGAGAGGCAUGCAAGGGAGCCAGAGAUGAUUCAGUCAGAAAGCAUGGGACAUGGGUAGGAGGGCCUGAGUUUUAUAGAUCUGGAGC